ACGCUGAUUAAAAGUAAAAGUCAGAAGAUAUACAAAAAAAACGCGAGUAAAGCCAUAAAAAUUGCUAAAUUGUUUUAAAUUAUAAUACUAAUAAGUUUAUAAAGCAGUUGGCGUGUGUUUAGUUGCUCAUUGUGUGUGCAUGAAGGGCGUGAGUAAGCGUCGAUAGGCAAACACAGGAGUCAGCAACAUCGUCAGUGACGCCAUUUUCUGUGUAAAUUAGCAGAAAAAAUUCAGCAGGUGGGGCAAACGUAGAGAUACAACAGCAACGCCGCGUGACCACACAGUAAAAAGCGAAGCAAAGAGCGAGAUAAACUGACACUGAAACUCAAUGAGCAGUCUAAUCAACUUUCUCAAUCCGAAACUCAAGCCCACUGUGGAAUGCGAGGCUGUAUGCGAGGAUGGCUACACAGCAGCAAAUCUCAUUGCCGACGAUGAGGAGCAGUUGGAGCGUGGGUUUAUGAGCUUCGCCGUCUGCAAGCCGCCCAUCGAGAUUGUGUUUGACUUUCCCAAGGCUGUGGAUCUGAAGGUCAUCAAGCUAUGGCACUGCUCAGGUGCGCUGCGCUCCACGGGCUUCGAGGUGCACGGCAAGCACGAUGGUAUUUGGGAGCGCGUAGCCUAUGUGCGUGACAUACCCAAGACGGCGGACUCCAUGACUUUUUGCUAUCAGAGUGAUUACAACUCACGCAGCAGUACAGCCGCAGCCCAGCAGCAGAGCGAGAAGGUGUUUUUCUUUAAGACAGCUCAUAAAAUACUGGCCACCACGAAUAGCGUGAAGAUUGUAAUACGUGCCACAGAUCGCUGUCCGCCCGUGCUGCGCAAGAUUCAAAUGUGGGGCUUGCCUGCACGCACUCUGGAAAAAGCGGACCGUGAGCUGGUGAAGACAAUCUGGAGUGAGAUUAACGAUCCGUAUGGAAUAAAAAAUCAGCAGCAACAGGCAGGACAACGUUCACCUUCGCGUAACGUUCCUGAACUACGUGAACAGUCGAUGCUGCAGAUACCGGAGGAGUUCUUGGAUUCCAUUACUUGGGAAUUAAUGACAUUUCCAACUGUGCUGCCCUCAGGCAAAAUAGUCGACCAGUCUACCAUCGACAAGCACUCGGAGGAGGAAGGUAAGUGGGGUCGAAUGCCCUCCGAUCCAUUUACUGGACUUGAAUAUACCUCACAACGCAAGGCUAUCUUGAACCUGGCGCUUAAAGCGCGCAUUGAAAAGUUUCUUAUGGAGAAUUCGGAGCACUUUAAGUCUGUGCCGCGUUCCUUGGGCAGCAGCGGCUCGCGCUUGCGUCGCCGUCAUGCGUCGCAGUUUGCCAGCCAUAUGUGUCAAACUGGACCGGGAUUGGGUCUUUUGCCCGUUGGUACAUAUUCCUCAUUGAGCAACGUACAUAAGCAGCACCUGCGCAAGACCAAGUCGACCGUUACCGCCACGGCUACCUCGGCAUACUCAGCCUUCCCAGGCCCACCCUCGCCACCAGCUGCAAAGCGUGCGCGUCACAGUAAUUCAGCUUAUGCUGUCAGUGCAACAGUCACUGCCAGCACAGUGGAACAGAGGCCGACUACAUCGGUGAAUGCGACCAGCACGUCUUCCAUUGAUAAUGACAUUCAGCAGGCGCUGCAGAAGAUAACGCGCUACACUCAGGUGACCACCCCCACCCAGCCACCUAGCUGUAUUAAUUGUCGCAGUGGACAAUUCGCCUACGAAAUACGCACCUGUCAACAUCUGAUCUGCCGGGAAUGUCUUGUACUGCUGUCGAGCACACAGACAUGCGCAUGCAAGUUGCCCUUCCGCAGCUCGGACGUGGAGCGCUAUCACAAACUUCCGUAGUGUUGACGGCUCCCACCCCAGCAACCAGUUAGUCUUGUAUGCUAGUGCUUCAAUUCAUAUACACCCAUACCUUACACACCUAAACUCGAAUGUAAGAUUUUUUGUUGCCAAUCAUAUUUUAAUUUGUUUGUCUUAAAUCAGUUUUUAAUCCUUAGCAUAAUUUUUAAUCAUAUCAGAGUCGAUUUUAGUGCGGAGAGUUUUAUUCGAAGCCAAAAAAUACAAUUGGAAUGGGAAUUUUACGCUCACUCCCCCAAUUAUCAGUAUCAGGUCACAAUUAGUCGGCAAUGCGAUUAAACUAAAAUAUAUUAAUUAAGCAUAUGUAGACUUAAGAAUGUAUAAGCAUAGAAAAGCGCGCAUAACUUUUGUAGACUUUAUACAAGCCCUAUUGAAUUAGAGUAAAAAGCGCAUAGUUUAUAUAUU